CUGGGAGCCGGACUCAGACAGAGAAAGCAACUCCCAGAGACUCAACCAAAGGCCAAACUCAACUCACUCUUUAAGCACCGAGACUGAAAACACUGGAAAAUGUGUAAAGGAUUAGCUGCCUUACCUCAGACCUGCCUCGAAAGGGCCAAGGAGAUCAAGUCCAAAUUGGGAGUUUUGCUGCAGAAGCCGGAGAAUGCCAUCGACCUGAUCAUCCCGUACCCUGAGAAGCCGGAGAAGAAGCCGGAGAAGCUCCAGAAGCCGACUCCUGAUGAGGCGGCUCAGUGGCGCGAGAGUCUGGACCGGGUCCUGAGCAACAGCUACGGCCUCGCUGCUUUCCGUGGAUUCCUGCAGUCCGAGUUCAGCGACGAGAACAUUGAGUUCUGGAUGGCCUGCGAGGACUUCAAGAAGACCAAGAACUCCGUGAAGAUGGCUUCCAAGGCCAAGAAGAUCUACGAGGACUUCAUCCAGUCCGAGGGCCCCAAAGAGGUGAACAUCGACCACUUCACCAAGGACGUGACCCUGAGGAACCUGGUGGAUCUGUCCGGCUCCACCUUCGACCUGGCCCAGAAGAGGAUCCACGCCCUGAUGGAGAAGGACUCCUUCGGGAGGUUCCUCCGGUCCGAGCAGUACCAGGAGCUGCUGGUCAACUAAGCCCGAGCAGAGGCCUGGGGGGGC